GUGCAUCCUGAAUUGGGACAGUUUAUGUCCUGACACUGUGAUACAAUUGCACUUCAAAUACAUACUUCGAAGUGUGUGCCCUUCAUUUGGAAAACAGCUAUACAAGAGUGCAGUGCCUGCAGUUCAGACGGAGAAAAAAAAAAACUUUUUAUUGGAAGUAGAUGCAGUAGUUGUAGAAUAUUUGAGAUACCAUGUAAAAGUGGAUUUUGCAUGUUUAAUCAAUCAUUAAUUACAUUUUCUAAUAAGUUGCAUCAUAUAGAAUUGAUAAGCUUGAGGUUUGAGUCGCCCAAUACUAUUUUCCUUCUCUCGUCGCUUCACUCUCCAGUCCAGAGGGUGGCGCUAAGACAGCGUUUGUUUGCUAAACACCAUUUAACCACAGAGGAAGAAGAUUAGUCUAACCGUGAUCUCUGUUGUUUUGCCGUGAGGCUGUUUUAAUACAAACUGUUAGAAAUUCGGUUAAUAGAAAAAUACAGUUUUUGAAUCAGGUCAGAAUAUACCUAUAUUAUUAUCCUCGUAGUCGUGACUAAGUUUUGAAGCAAGCACCGAUAUCUAGAGUAUAAUCUGAACUGCUGCUGUGAAGAUGGUGUUUGUUAAAGAGGAGAACGCGAUUGAACCAGAAACCUGCAUAAUAAAACACGAGGAACCAGAAACCUGCGUUAUAAAACACGAGGAACCAGAAACCGGGAGAACAAAACACGAGAAACAAGACGGACGUGUGUGUCGCGUUCUUUAACGUUCCGCCUGGAAACAAAGAUACCAUGGUGCCAAAUCCCCUCACGAAAGAAGAAAGCCUAGUGUUUACAACUGUGACAACGAGUGCUUAUCAGGAUCAACUAAGCGCUGGAUUUUCAAAAGCCGUCUUUUUAUGCUGGCCUCAGGCAGUCGGUUGAAAUCACAGGCCCCCUCCCCUCUCUCCAUGCCGCUUUACUUAAGAUAUGCUCCUUGUCUAUUUUUGAAGGCUUGAUGAAAGUGAAAGAAGAAAGACAAGAUCUGAAUGAAGUGGAGGAGAAGCAUCAGGAUCAGAGAGAUGCUGAAGAACAAUCAGUGAAUUACUCCGAAACUGAAAGGAGUUGCUCACAAAGCAGCAUUCAGAUAACUGAUGUUAAAAGGCCUUUCACCUGCUCCCAGUGUGGAAACACUUUUAAACAUAAAAGAAGCCUCGUAUACCACACAUUAGUUCAUGCUGGAAUAAAGCCUUUCAGCUGUUCUCAGUGUGGAAAGAGUUUUACACAGAAAAAACAGCUUAAUGAUCAUGUGCUUGUUCAUUCUCCAGAAAAACCUUUCAGCUGCUCUCAGUGUGGAAACACUUUCACACGUAAAGCAAACCUUAAAAGUCACAUGAUAAUUCAUAGUGGGGAAAAGCCUUUCAGCUGCUCUCAGUGUGGAAACACUUUUACAUGUAAAGGAAGCCUGAAGAAUCACAUGUUAAUUCAUGCUGGAAUAAAGCCUUUCGUCUGCGCUCAGUGUGGAAAGAGUUUUGUGCAGAAAGGACACCUUAAGAUUCAUUUGGUAACUCACUCUUCAAAAAAGCCUUUCACCUGCUCUGAGUGUGGAAGGAGUUUUACACAGAGAAAUCAACUUAAUGAUCAUGUUUAUAGUCACUCUACCACAAAGCCAUUCAGCUGCUCUCAGUGUGGAAAGUGUUUCUCAUUGGAAAAAAAACUCAAUGAGCAUGUGCGUAUUCACGCUUCACAAAAGCCUUUCAUCUGCCUUCAGUGUGGAAACUCUUUUACACGUAAAGCAAGCCUUAACAAUCACCUGAUAAUUCAUACUGGGAAAAAGCCUUUCAGCUGCUCUGAGUGUGGAAACACUUUCAAACGUAAAGGGUGCCUUAAGAAUCACAUGUUAAUUCAUGCUGGAAUAAAGCGUUUUACCUGCGCUCAGUGUGGAAAGACUUUUACACAGAAAGGACACCUUAAUGUUCAUUUGAUAACUCACUCUACAGAAAAGCCUUUCACCUGCUCUCAGUGUGGAAACACUUUCAAGCGUAAAGAAUGCCUUAGAAGUCACAUGUUAAUUCACACUGGGAAAAAGCUUUUUACUUGCUCUGUGUGAAAAGUGUUUCAACUUUAAACAAGGAUUUAAUAGUUGCAUGAGAAUUCAUACUUAAGCGAAGUCGUCGGUGUGUGAAGAGUUUUAAAUGGAAAGCUGGUCUCACUUUGCCAUGAGAAAAUUGAACUGAUCUGGAUGGAGAUUUCCAAGGGUUGACUCUUAAAAUAGCACAAGAAACUAAUGCUUGAAAGAGUUAAACUGUGCUGUGAGUGUGGGAAGAGCUUUAACACAGACAAGUAUUGGAUACAGAAAAUAAAGUUUGACUGAAAUAAAGUCGAACCAGUAUUUACAUCCAUAUUUAAAGGUGCAUUUUCUCUCAGAAUCGUUACAUUAAAAGAGGUAAAUAGACAUUAUGCUGAUUAAGACUUAUUCUUAGAACUUAGCUGCAAGGUGGAGGAAGUGAAAAAACAUUGAUCUAUGUCUUUCGUUAUUAACUAUUAUUAUUAUUUAGUUAUUCCAUCAUAAUUGUGUUUUUCAUGAGAUUUUUUUUUUCCACUUUUAGGCGUUCUUUUUUUUUUUUUUUUUUUUUUUUUUUUUUUUUUA